AUGGAUAUGAUUGUGCUGGAGGAGGUGCUGAGGAGGAUGUUGCCUGGGAUGGAGGAUUUUGGCUCUGAGGCGGGACUGGGCACGGACACGUGUCAAGCCAGCGAAGUACACUGUAGUUCUGGAGCUGUGCAGUGUAUUCCUGUCUCUUGGAAAUGUGAUGGAGAUAAAGACUGUGAAGAUGGUAGUGAUGAAGAGAACUGUGGUACCCUUACAUGUAAUCCAUUAGAGUUUACUUGUACCAGUGGUCAAUGCAUAUCCAAGAAGUUUCAUUGCAAUGGUGCAGAUGACUGUGGUGAUGGGAGUGAUGAGACGGGCUGUGGAUUGCCCACCUGUGGCCCACAUGAAUUUCAGUGCAACAAUUCUGAAUGCAUCCCCUUGAAUUGGCUGUGUGAUGCCAAUGCUGACUGUGCAGAUAAAUCUGAUGAAGCUCCAAACCAGUGUGGAUAUACACUUUCAAUCAUGACUUGUUCUCCUGCUGAGUUCUUGUGUGAUUCUGGCCAAUGCAUUCAUCAGCACUGGUACUGUGAUGGAGAUAAAGACUGCAGUGAUGGAAGUGACGAAGCCCAGUGUCCAUUUCAAAUAUGCAAACCUGGCUACUUCAGAUGUGAUAACAACUGUGUUCCUGAAAGCAAGAAAUGUAACCACUUUAUUGACUGCAUUGAUGGAAGUGAUGAGCUCCACUGUGAAAAGUGCACAGGGCCUUCAGAUUUCCAAUGCCAAACUGGAGAAUGUAUAAAUAUAACCCAAGUGUGCAACCAGCAACAAGAUUGCAAGGACUGGAGUGAUGAGCCCCUCCAAUGUAAUGUGAAUGAAUGCUUGUUGAGCAAUGGUGGCUGCUCUCACAUCUGCAGAGAUCUUCUCAUUGGCUAUGAAUGUCAAUGUCCACCUGGCUUUGAACUGGCUGACCAACACUCCUGUGCAGAUAUUGAUGAAUGCCAAAAUCCAGGAUCCUGUAGUCAAAUUUGUCUGAAUUCAGUUGGAAGCUAUCAAUGUGAAUGCCUGAAAGGAUAUCAUCUCGAUCUGAUCAAUGGGGUUUGUAAGGUUGUAGGAGAAGAGCCCUUUUUGAUUUUUACUAAUCGUCAUGACAUCCGUAAAAUGGGAUUGCAUCACUUGGAAUAUACUCUGAUCGUUGACCAGCUGAAAAAUGCUGUUGCUGUUGAUGCUGAUGUUGCAGCACAGACUAUCUUCUGGGCUGACUUGGCAGAGCAUGCAAUCAUCAGUGCAUUGAUUAACAAACAAGAUGGUACUAUUGAGAUUUCAAGAAUCUUCAAUGAUUUGUACCACCCUGUGGGAGUUGCUGUAGACUGGAUUCAUGCCAAUAUUUAUUGGACCGAUUCGGGCACUAAAACGCUUUCAGUGGGCAAUUUCAAGGGAACAAAAAGGAAGAUCCUCUUUGAAAACAACCUAAAGGAACCAGCAUCUAUAGUAGCUGAUCCAUUAACUGGGUUUAUGUACUGGUCAGACUGGGGUGAGCCAGCCAAGAUAGAAAAGGCAGGAAUGAAUGGUGCUGAUCGCCAGCUGUUUGUUACCAGAGAGAUUUACUGGCCAAAUGACAUUACACUUGAUCUUGUGAAAAGCCGUUUAUAUUGGGUUGAUUCAAAGCUGCACACACUGUCCAGCAUUGAUCUAAAUGGUCAGGAUAGGCAAACUGUAUUGAGAUCUGAAGAAUUCCUUGCUCAUCCUCUUGGUGUAGCUCUCUUUGAGGAUCAUGUCUUUUGGAUUGAUGGUGAGAAUGAAGCUAUUUAUCGUGCCAAUAAAUUCACAGGAGCUAAUGUAACGACUUUAGUCUCCAAUCUUGAUGAGCCUCAUGAUAUUAUUGUUUACCAUGAGUUAACACAACCAUCAGGUAAAAAUCGGUGUAAUGGGAGUUUGAAUGGAGGCUGUGAAUACAUGUGUCUUCCUGCUCCUCGAAUUAGCAUUCACUCAUCAACAUACACUUGUGUCUGUCCAAACGAUGUAGAUGUGAAUGCAGAUGGAAGGUCAUGUAGUGCAGGUAAAAAGCAAAAGCCAAGCUUGUGCGAAAUAUUCUGUGGUAUAGCCGAGAGGUUCCCCUCCAUUUGA